UUGGUUGAACAUACGUGUUGAGGUAAAUAAUAAAGCGGCAAGUUUUAAUCCUUGAUUUUAUAUAAAUUCAUUUUAUUAAUAAGUCUUGCGCGAUUUUAACGAGAAGCGUCAAAUGAAAUGGUUAACCAAUGUCGCGCUUGCCUCAGUUCGAGGGACACCUCCUUCAUUCGUAUGGAGACACACAUUGGCGAUGGUGUCGAUUUCUUUACUUGCUUCAGCUUAUGCACACAAUUGGAAGCGGAACUAGAUGACGGUCUGCCAGGAGUAUUGUGCACACAUUGUUCUCAAGAUCUCGAAAUAUCUUUUAAUUUCUUGCAAAAUGCCAGACAGGCUGAUGGAAUACUGCGUGAAAGCUUUUCACAUAAGUACUUGUCCACCGAAAUAGAAUCAUUGGAUAGCGAAAUGGGUGAUACAAUAAUGGAGCCACUAGAUGUGGUAGAAGGCAGUGAAAUAGAAGAUUGUGUGGUUGAGGAAAUCAUAGAACACGUACAUGCUCCAGAAGAUGUUGCCGAAGAUCGGGAAGAUAGCAGUGUUGUAGAAAUAAUGGAGGUCGAAAAAAAUGAUCUGAACAUUUGUGAAAGCUCUUUAGAUGAGAUAGAACUUAUCGAUAAUAGUUAUGUGGACCAAACUGUAGAGACGGCGGAGGUUGUGGUGGACGAGGUACAUGAAUCACAACCAAAAACAACAGAGUAUUAUGCAGAAGAUGAAGGUGACGAAGAGUACCUAAAAGAGUACAAAGAAGAUGUGCAGCAAUCGGACGCAGACAAUACGGGAUCAAAAGGAGGAAAAUGGAAAUGCAUAGAAUGCAAACUUGUUUUGUGUGGCGAUGUUUCUUAUGAAGGCCAUAUGAAUAUGCACCGUUCAUUGCGACCGUACAAAUGUACCGUAUGCCUGUGUGCAUUUCGUUGCAAAAAUAAACUAGAUCACCAUAUACAACUGCGACAUACACAAGAGAACGAGCCUCAAACCAGCAACCUUAACAAUUGUAAAAAGUGUACAAAAAUCUUCGAAACACCCGAAGAAUUACAAGAGCACCAGGAAUUAAUACAUCCCGAUAGUUAUCCUGUACAAUGUAGACGCUGUCCGUUGUUACCACCAUUCGCGCGGACAAAAUUAACGGAACACUUUCGUAACGAACAUCCCGCGGAACAUCGAAAAUACUUCCCCACGGUGGGUAGGCCACCAAAUGAACCAGCCAAACCAACACCAUGGCAAUGUGAAGUCUGCAAAUGUUAUCUGCGCUCAGAAAGCGCAUUGCGUGAUCACAGGCAUACGCACCAGAAUGAACGACCGCAUGAGUGCCAAUUUUGUGCGAAACGUUUUGUUACUACCAGUAAUUUACGUCAACAUAUGCGCGGUGUACACACCGAGGAAUAUGAGAAGCUAGUUAAUGAAGGCGGUGAUACGAUAGUGCAAUGUGAAAUGUGCAAAAAGCAAUUACUUAGACGAAAUCUCGAAAAACAUAUGGCCUUACAUGUGAAAAAAGAGCGCGAGGCGAAAGAGACUCAAACGAAAUUUCUCUGUGCUUACUGCUCACGUGAAUUCUCGAAUGCGAAAUCGCUCAGUCUGCACGAACAAAACGUGCAUCUUGUCAAAUUGGAGGAGCCGAAAUAUGAAUGUGGUAUUUGUAAGCGUAAAUGUUAUCAACAGCGUGAUCUCAAUUGCCAUAUGCAGCGUGUGCAUCUAGCGGAGCGCAAACACUAUUGCAAUGUAUGCGGUAAUGCGUUCAAGAGCGCUUGGCAGCUGACCGCGCACCGGCUAUUGCAUGCCGAAGACAAGUCUUUUGAGUGCAUACACUGUCAACGGCAAUAUACACGGCAAGCGGAUUUAAUUGUGCACAUGCGCACACAUACCGGCGAACUGCCUUACGCUUGCCACCUGUGUGGUAGACGUUUCGCGAUCAAAGUACGACUCACUUAUCACUUGCAACGGCAUGAAGGCGUCAAACAUUCGUGCACGUAUUGUGGAACUGUCUAUUACAAUCGUAAUCAACUAAAGGAGCAUCUCUUCAAGCACACUGGCAUGCCUUAUCGCUGUGAAUUGUGUCCAGACGUUGGAUUUACGCGUCGUUUGCGUUUUUCCAAUCAUAUGCAGCGUGUCCAUAAUAAAAUUCUAACAGCUGACGAAUUGACUGCUGUGUUUGCGAAAUACACGGGAAAGGCAAUACAUUUCAAUACCAGCAACAAAUCUCAAGAGAAUAUGGACUCACAGGAGUUACCUGAUUUCAUUGUAGAUGAAGAGAAAGAAGACGAAGAUAUGGUAAAUGAAAGCUCCGGUGACUGCUGUAAACGAGAUGAAGGUGGAGGAGGCGGCGGUGGAGCAGAAAAAUCGCUUUUACCCAAACGUACUGCUGCAGCAGCAGCGGCAGCAGUGCCUGUGCCGGGUGGGGCGGGUGGCAUAAAAGCAUGCCCCCCAGUGGGUCCAGUACCACCGCCCGUUGGCGGCAAUGCAGUGACGGUUUUAUUAGAUGUGUUCGUUUCAGAAAAAGGAAUCUACUUGCUAACAAACAUGAAUUCGCCCAGUCGCGCUGAAAUCCACUUUGAAGACAUGCGAUGCUGUCGUUCUUGUCUGUCCGUGGCUUCAGAAGAUGAGCUUGAGGAUUAUAUUGAUUUACUGGAGACUUUUACCACUGAUUGUGCAACUACUACCUUACUAGAGGCUUUCAAUAAAUGCACUUCAUUAAAUGUGCUGAUAGAAGAUUUUAUUAUUGAAGGAUAUCCGCCUUGUCACUACAUAUGUGGACGUUGUCGUUUAGAACUUUCGCAAGCUAAUGAGUUUAUAACUCGAGCACAACUAAAUAACCAGUUAUUAAAAGAACAAUAUAAUAGUGACAAGUCAGUACAAUCCCCAAUUAGUGAUACUGAGAUUCUUGAAAUUGAAAUUAAAAAUGAAUCGCUUGCGCAAAAAUCGGAGCAUGAUGAAAAAGCAGAUGAAUUGAAAACUGUGGUAAAAGGGGAAUAUAAAAGUGCUAAAUCAAUACAUUCGCCAAUAAAUCAUACUGAGAUUCUUGAAAUUGAAAUAAAAAAUGAAUCGCUUGCUCAAAAAUCGGUGCAUGAUGAAAAGGCAGAUGAAUUGAAAACUGUGAGUUUUACAGAGGUUGAGUUUGACAACCAGAAUUCUCCCGAGCCGGCUGCCAGUGAGAUCCUUGAGCCGACGGAUGAUGAUAUUCAAGAAGAUAACGAAAUUACGCCAACAACACUAAUAAGUGUUGAGCGCGUAAUAUGUAACGAUGAUAAAAAUUCUGUAAAUAAUUCCCAGACAUCGAUAGGUAGUAAUGAAUUUGUACUAAGUGCUAACAUCUCCCGAAAUGAAGACGACACAAAUAUUGAAGAAACAGAUAAGGCUUAUUUUGAAUUCAAAUGUGAGUUUUGUACUUGCAUAUUCGAGUUUCAAAGAGAUUUACUGCAACAUUAUGAAAUUGAUCACGCGGACAAAACACUUAAUUUUCCCUGCGACAUUUGCGAAAAUCGAUUUGUAACGAAAAAUGCUUUACGCAUACAUCGACGGCAGGUGCAUCAAAAAGAUGAAUAUCUCGAUUGUGAGCAUUGUGGACGUACCGUAUUAAAAACAUUCUAUAACGUACACUUGAGACGCCACAAACAACUUAAAUUCUUAUGCAGCAAAUGCCCAAAAAGAUGUGUUUCGCGUUACACACUCAAGAAACAUAUGGAAUUGCACUCCGAAGAACGUGAUCGCAGUAUUGAAUGCUAUUGUGGUAAACGUUUCUAUUCAUUGGAACAUCUGCAAUUACAUCAAACCAUUCACAUUUCACCCGAAGAUAGAGCAGUAUUCGAAUGUAGUGUUUGCUCCAAAACAUUCUUACGAAAAGCAAAUCUUGGUUUACACAUGCAAAUGCAUCGCGGCGAGACUAUGGAUUGCCCACAUUGCGAUAAGAAAUUUGUAAGACGUAAAGAUCUCGAAAUUCAUAUACGUUUCCAUACUGGCAAUUUUCCAUACUCUUGUUCGAUGUGUGACCGAAAGUUCGCCAUUAAGGGACAUCUUAAUUACCAUGAGAAACGUCAUCUGGGCGUGCGCUACAAAUGUGACGAUUGCGAGAAAACAUUUAUAAAUCUGGCCGGUUUGCGGCAACAUCAGUAUGAGCAUACGGGUAUGCCAUUAAUGUGUAGUGUUUGUCAGCGUGGCUUUCCAACUAAAUUCAAGAUUCGCCGCCAUUUGCGCAACGUACACAAACAUCUCUUUAAGAAUACUGACUACUCAGAUGAAUUAGCAGAAAAGUAUAUAAUCGCAACGACCAAUUCAAAUCAAGCAAUAAAUAAAGAAGCAAAAUCAGUAUAUGUACUGGAAGACUCAAUCGAAAUGCUUGAGGAGCAUGCCGAAGACAUUCCGUUAAAUAUGCUGUCCGUUUAAGCUGACAAUUUUGGAUUAAAUAUUAUGGAAUAUUACUAGUCACAAAUAGGAGUAAUAAUUGGAAAUGUAGCC